CUUCUCUCUUUCUCUCUCCUCUCUCUAUCACUAAAAUCAAAACGCACGCUUCCUCAUUGUGGCAGCGCCUUUCUCUGAUCAGUCAUAGAGCAACUCCAAAACCAAUAUAAAAAAACUGUAUCAUUCUCUCUCUUAUUUCGAACUCUUGCCCUAAGAUCAGGAUCCAUGGCGAAAGGAGUUGAAGCAUCAGCCAUGGACGUUGAUGAGGUGAAGCCUGUUUCAGCUGAUCAGACCAACCCUAAGUUCUCAAUUAAUGUGUUGCAGCUUGUCAAAACUGCUCAAUCUCAACAUGGUCUGAGGCAUGGAGAUUAUACUCGUUAUAGGAGAUACUGUACAGCUCGUUUGAGGAGGUUGUACAAGUCAUUGAAGUUCACUCAUGGCCGUGGAAAAUAUAAUCGACGAUCUAUUACGGAAUCUACUGUCACAGAAGUGAGGUUCCUCCAUGUAGUGCUUUAUAUGGCUGAAAGGGCUUGGAGUCAUGCCAUGGAGAAAAAACAAGUCCCGGAUGGACCAAAUGCUCGCCAGAGAGUCUAUUUACUUGGUAGGUUGAGGAAGGCAGCUAAAUGGGCUAUCCUUUUUGCACAAUUAUGUUCGGCUAAAGGAGAUUCCAGAACCUCAUUAGAAGCAGAGGCAUAUGCCUCUUAUAUGAAAGGGAGUUUGUUUCUCGAACGCGAGCAGAAUUGGGACACUGCCUUACAGGAUUUCAAGAAAGCAAGGGCUAUUUAUGAGGAGCUUAGUAAAUAUGGGGACGUAGAGAAUCAAAUCCUGUGUCGUGAACGUGUUGAAGAGCUAGAACCUAGUGUUAGGUAUUGCUUAUACAAGAUGGGAAAAUCAAGCUUACCAGCUUCUGAACUUUUAGAUAUGGGGAAGAUGGAAGGACCUUCAUUAGACCUUUUGCAAGCUAAACUUGAGGCUGUCAUGGCUGAGGCUAGAUCACGGCAGGCAGCAUCCAUGACAGAGUUCCACUGGCUUGGUCAUAGAUUUCCAAUUACCAAUGGGAAGACUCGUGUAUCCAUUCUAAAAGCUCAGGAGCUGGAGAAGGAUUUGUAUGGAUCUGCAGGGGAUUCACUUCCCGCAGAGAAAAAGCUUGCUACUUAUGACAAAAUAUUUGCUGCAUAUCAUGAUGCAAGGCGCUGCAUUCGUAGUGAUUUGGUCACUGCAGGUAAUUCGGAAGAUGUAAAGGAUGAUUUGAAUGGCCUUGACAAGGCUGUUAGUGCUGUCUUAGGACAACGUACCAUAGAGCGCAAUGAGCUGCUUGUUAGCAUUGCAAAAAUUAAAUUCAAUCGGAACCGUGAAGAUAAGAAUGAAAAAGUUACAAAACCUGAGGAGCUUGUUCGAUUAUAUGACCUGUUAAUUCAGAAUACUGCAGAUUUAUCUGAUUUGGUAAGUUCUGGACGAGAUAGGAGGCCAGAAGAAGUGGAAUUUACUGAAGAGUAUGUGCUGAAGGGUAUGGUGUUCCGUGCUGAAAGGUGCUUUUAUUUGGCGAAGUCUUACAGUUUGGCUGGAAAACGGGCUGAAUCAUAUGCACUGUAUUGCCGUGCACGCUCACUUGCUGAAAAUGUUCUUCAGAAAGUUCAGCAAUCAAUGAAUCCAGAUAAGGGAAUGAAAGAAUUGGAGUUCCUAAUAGCAAGCUGCAGAUCGAACAGCUGCAUAGAGCAUGCUUUAGGGGUGAUGGAGGAAGAGAAGGCCAAGGACAAAAUCUCUAAAGGAGUUUCCUCCAUUUCCCUAUCCGGGAAUGAUAAUAAGCCUGAUAAGUUCCUUGUGGACAAUCUUGAUGCUUAUGAGUCUGCCGUGGGUGAAGCUGACUCAAAGGGGCCUCCAGCCAUUGCCAAAUUCCCACCAGCUUUUCAAGCAGUUGUGUGUAAUCCAAUUGUAUUGGAUAUUGCCUUCAAUUCCAUUGAAUUUCCGUCUCUAGAGGCCAGGAUGAAGAAGGACAAGAAGGGCAUAUUCAGCAGGCUUUGGCGUUGACUCCCUCUUUCUCUCUCUCUCUCUCUCUCUCUCUCUCACACACAGUAAUUUUCAACUUUAUCUGAAUGUACUAAUUGGCUUGUGAAAUAUUGGGUCUUUUUAAAUUCUCACAAAAAAUAGAGAUGCACCAAAUUGAGUUCCUUGAAGUUUUGACUCGUGCAAUAUGCAUUAUAUGCUGAGUUUCUUUUUGUCCAAUUGACAUUUUGUAUGGGUGCAAAUUACAUUUAUUUUUGGAUAAGUACAGUACAAUAUGCUUGAAACUUGUCAACCGUCCAAUGUCAACAAUAUACAGGUGUGAUUUUUGUUGUAGGAU